UGUAAUUGGAGACCUACAGUUUGCUAUGGGUCCCUCCCUAAUCAGCGAGCAGCUUUGACUGCAGCUUUGCUAUUUGCUCUGACAGUGAGCAGCAUGAGUGUACGUUUCAGCUGUCAUAGGGAUCUUAAGGAACAGUUUGAGAAAAGACCUUUAUGUUGGUGGGGAGCAAGCAGACAAUGAGUUUUCCAGUGAGAUGUUAACCAAACUAUGUCAUGGCCAAUUGUUCAGCGUUAAACUGAUUAACUGCAAAACUACCAGUCCUCAGUUAUUCAAAACAAUUUGCUGCAGGAUACUCCCCUGAUUACUGCAGGUAACAUUACUGAAUGACAGAGAAUGCCGUCAUUCAAAAUACGGUGUCAGCUUCGGUUGGCUCUCACGGAGACAAUCAGAAGAACAUGCUGAACAAAAAGGCUAAUCAAAACCUAAUCUUGACUCCUUGGAGCCAUUCACAAGAUGUAUUAGGCUAUAAAUUCUUUCAUGUAACAAAAUCUUAGUGUUACGCCGAAGGAUUUUAUCACGAUCACUAAAUCUGUGGUCCACCCACAGAUUAUUUCAUCUGAACCCAAUAUUUAAAGCUCAAAAAUGGCAAAAUUAUUUCUUCUUAUGGUUCUGGGAAUCUUUCUGGCGUACAACAAAAUUUUUGGCCUGCAACAGACUUUGCCACGAGUGUAUCUCACAUCUAAAGACCUGAAGGCCACUCAUACAUCUCAGUUUUACAGUUUGUCCUUGAAUCGCUUGGAUUAUAGAAUCCUACUCAUGGAUGAAGAUCAAGACCGCUUGUAUAUAGGCUCUAAAGAUCACAUUCUGUCUCUCAAUGUAAACAAUAUCAGCCAGAAUCCUCUUUCUGUUCACUGGCCAGCAUCAAGCAAUAAAGUGGAUGAAUGCAAAAUGGCUGGCAAGGAUCCAAACAAUGGUUGUGGUAAUUUUGUUCGUGUCAUACAAGUUUAUAACCGGACUCAUCUCUUUGUUUGUGGAAGUGGUGCAUUUAGCCCUGUCUGCACAUACAUCAACAGAGGUCGCAGAUCUGAGGAUCAAAUAUUCAUGAUAGAAUCAAAAAAUGAAUCAGGAAAGGGCCGCUGCUCAUUUAACCCUCAGGUUGACACAGUGUCCUUUAUGAUCAAUGAGGAGUUAUUUUCUGGAGUGUACAUUGACUUCAUGGGCACUGAUGCAGCAAUAUUUCGCAGUCUAACAAAAAGAAAUAGUAUAAGGACAGACCAGCACAAUUCCAAGUGGUUAAGUGAGCCUGUAUUUGUGAAUGCGCAAUUCAUUCCUGAUGGCACAGACCCAAAUGAUGCAAAACUGUACUUUUUCCUCCGGGAGAAGGUGACAGAUGGUAAUGGUAAUACCAAGCAAAUUCAUUCCAGGAUUGCCAGAAUAUGUCCUAAUGACGUAGGAGGUCAGCGCAGUCUUGUUAAUAAGUGGACAACGUUCUUAAAGGCUCGUUUGGUAUGUUCUGUGAUAGAUGAUGACGGCACAGAAACUCACUUUGAUGAACUGCAGGAUGUAUUUUUAUUAGAAACAGAGUAUCCCAAGAGCCUGCUUGUCUAUGGACUGUUCACAUCUUCAAGCUCAGUAUUUAAAGGCUCAGCUGUGUGUGUCUAUAAUAUGCUUGAUAUUCACACGGUUUUCAAUGGACCAUUCGCACACAAGGAAGGACCAAACCAUCAGUAUGUUCCGUACCAAGGCAGGAUUCCAUAUCCCAGGCCUGGCACAUGCCCUGGAGGAGCAUUUACACCUAACACAUUGUCAACAAAGGAUUUUCCUGAUGAAGUGGUUACAUUUAUCCGGAACCAUCCCAUGAUGUAUAACUCUAUUUAUCCAAUCAAUAAGCAGCCACUGAUUGUAAGGAUUAAUACUGAUUAUAAGUACACCAAGAUAGUGGUGGACCAAGUGAAGGCUGCAGAUGGAAGAUAUCAUGUCCUCUUUCUUGGCACAGAUAAGGGAACUGUCCAGAAAAUUGUGGUCUUGUCCAAAAAUGCAUCGAAUAAGGAAGAGCUUAUCUUGGAAGAAAUGGAAGUAUUUGAGAAUCGAUCAGCUAUCACAACAAUGAAGAUUUCAUCCAAAAAGCAACAACUAUAUGUAAGCUCUGAUGAAGGUAUUACGCAGGUGUCCUUUCAUCGUUGCCAUGUCUAUGGUACAGCAUGUGCUGACUGCUGCUUGGCCAGAGACCCUUACUGUGCUUGGGAUGGCAAAUCAUGCUCCAGGUUUUAUCUAUCUGGCAAAAGGAGGAGCCGUAGACAGGAUGUGAGACACGGCAACCCAAUGACCCAGUGCAGAGGCUUUAAUCUAAAAGCAUACAGAAAUGCUGUGGAGUCUGUGCAAUAUGGAGUGAAAAAUAGCACUGCCUUCCUCGAGUGCACACCAAAGUCUCCCCAAGCAUCCAUCAAAUGGUUAAUACAGAAAGCAAAUGACAGAAGAAAGGAGGUAAAGCAAGAUGACAGAAUUCUAGUAACCGAACAUGGCCUCUUGAUUCGUUCUGUACAAAGCAAUGACAGAGGGAUGUAUCACUGCAUUGCCACUGAGAACAACUUUAAAAGCACCGUGUCCAAGGUCAAGCUGAAGGUUGUUGAUACAGAAUUGGUUUCCUCCAAAAUUAACAAAGGGACAUCAUGGCCUUGGAGAGCUGCCAAUGACCUGGGUGGUUUGCAGGUCCUUCACAAGGAUCUGGUAGGGCUAUUCAGUUACUCAGAAAUGCAGGCAAUCAAUAAGUACUGCAAAGAGAGUUGGCACAAGCAGAGACAGAAUGGGGAGGGACUAUCAAUUAGAAUAGAUCAUUCAAAACUAAAGGCCCUCAUCAACAGAAGAAAAAGUCGAAAUAGAAGAAACCAUUUGCCUGUUACUUAAAGGACUGCCUACAAAGAAUGUCUUUGUCAGUAUGAACCUAUUUAAUAUAAAUUGUACAGAAUACAUCUGUAGUCAUUUUUUUUUUAUUUUUAUCUUUUAAAAGUACAACUAAAUUCUUACUGUCUGUGCAUGUCAUAAUUAACAGAACAGUACUGUUUAAUACUUUUUCAUAUGUAAUGUCCAGAUGUGCAUUUAGUUUUAAUUUUUGUCUAGUUAGAAUAACUUAGAAGGCAGCUGUAUUCUGUUGAAACAUUUAAAGGUAACUUCAUUCAGACCUCUGCCUUCGAUCUGUAAUCUAAAGCUGCUGUAGCCCUUUGACUUCCACAACUUUAGUCUUGGCUAAGGAGCCAAACGUAUGACCAGCUCAUCAGAAUUUAGUGAUCAGGGUGGGCCAAUACAUUCAUGUUUUUAAAUUUUUACAGCGUGGUAACAGGCCCUUCCAGCCCAACGAGUCCGCGCUGCCCAUUUUAAACUCCAAAUUAACCUACCCGUACGUCUUUAGAAUGUGGGAGGAAACUGGAGCGCCCGGCAGAAACCCACACAGACAAGGGAGAAUGUACAAACUCCUCACAGACAGUGACGGGAGUCGAAACCCGAUCGCUGGCGCUGUAAUAGCAUUGCGCCAACCACUACGCUACCUUGCUCCAUGAAAAAACAUAUGAUCAGUUUGGUGUGGUACUAGUCAUGACAUUCUGCUAUAGGGAGAGUUUGGGACGUCGAAGGAAUAAUAGGACUUGCGCUUUAAUAUUAUGUAUAAUUAUGUAAAAUGUGAUGGUGUUGGUAUCUUAAGAGGAAAUCCUGGAGGGAAAUUAUCUUAAGAAAUCAAUUCACUAAGUAUUAAAUAUACAUCAAUUUAUUUAAAAAUAGCUAUUAUACUGUAGAAAAAAAUUGUUACCUUGAAAACUUAAAGCUGCUGUACAUCAGAAAUAUUAACAGGACAUAUUGGAAGGACACAGCAAUCCAGUCACCUUUUACAAGGGAAUUAAGGUUAGCGUUAUGCACAAAAACUUUCCUCCAGGUUCUAAAGACCUGUCAAUUGAUUUGCUGUGCGUUUGUAAUAUUUGCUGUUUCCAUUUCACACUUUUAGCAUUUGUUUUGUUAUUGCAUUGCCCCUUAUCCACUUUUUUUUAAAACUUUAUUUACAGCGUGGUAACAGGCCCUUCCAGCCCAACGAGUCCGCGCUGCCCAUUUUAAACCCCAAAUUAACCUACCCGUACGUGUUUGUAAUGUGGGAGGAAACCGGAGCACCCGGAGGAAACCCACACAAACACGGGAGAACGUACAAACUCCUUACAGACAGCGACGGGAAUUGAACCCCAUCGCUGGUGCUGUAAUAGCGUCGCACUAAUCGCUACGCUACCGUGCCGCAGAGAAUGAGAUGCAGAGAAUGAAAAAACAGUUAUCCUUUGUGAAACAAAUAAUCCACAAUGAAAAUGGAACAAUAUUUGGUCAUUAAAUAAAAACAAAUCUUCAUUAGGUAAGUGAGUAUAAUCUCUGAGUAAUACAUCUACACAUCGCCAAACUCAAAGACAUGUUGAUUAAUGUUGUGGAGCAUAACCUGCAAAAAUAAUCACAAAUGGAAUCAGUUGCCUCUAGCAUUCCUGCUAGAAUCAACCUGUAGGUUGUAAAGAUAAAUGUGUUAUGUGUCUUUCUUGUAAAUGUUUACGAUAUUAUUUAGUAUGUUUAAAUGUUUUGGUAAGUUUAAAUGUUAUUUGGUAUGAUGUAAUGUGUAGAUUGAGUACAAAAAGCAUUUCCAUCUGCCAGUGUAACCUGCAAGUUCAAAUAUCUUUGUACAGUUUUUAUGAAAAUUGCAUUACUGUCAUAGAAAAUGGCAAAUUAAACAGAACUUUAUGUUCCUAUAAAAUAGAAAUUAACGUGAAGAUAAAAUCUAGAUUAAAUUCUUCUGAUCUAAAUUAUGUAAAACAUGACACAAUGUAUUUUCAUGGUGAUGAUAAUAA